GUAAAAACGUAACGUCAAAAACGUCAUGCGAAAAUAGUGUAGCAUAACAAAAUGAUGUUUAUAUUAUAUGUAUGAAUAUUUGUAUGAAUGUUAAAAUACAUCAUUUAAUGUCAUGUAGUGUAUAUGCGCGCUUACAUCCACACAUCCCUUCCUCGUCCUCUUCUGUGAAUGUCCCCAGAAGGGAAAAAAGAGACCUUUCCAUUGGUCCUUUCACGGGGAGAGGAGGAGAAAAGAGAAGACCAACUCGAAUUCCUCAAACCUCCUCAAAUUUCCUCCAAGCCGUCGGCGAAAGCUCCUCUCUGGUCCGCUUCUCUUUCUCACCGAUCCGAGCCGCUCUCUACUUAACGAUGUUGCGGGGUGUCGCCGUGCUCCUGCUAGCCCUGGCUCUCUCUCACGCAGAGGAGCUGCAGAGCAAGAGCAAAGUGUGCGCCAAUGUUUUCUGUGGUGCCGGCCGAGAGUGUGCCGUCACCGAGAAGGGGGAGCCCAGCUGUCUGUGCAUAGAGAGCUGUAAGCCCCACAAGAGGUCAGUGUGUGGCAGCAAUAGCAAAACCUACAGGAACCACUGCGAGCUGCACAGAGACGCCUGUCUGAGUGGACUGAAGAUCCAAGUGGCCCAUGAUGGACACUGCCAGGAGAAGAAGAACGAGCAGGCAGCUGCCAGCCCAGUGGUGUGCUAUGCUGCAGACCGCAACGAGCUGAGGGGCCGUGUGAUCCAGUGGCUGCAGACAGAGGUCAUCCCAGACGGCUGGUUCACCAAGGGCUCCAACUUCUCUGACAUCCUGCUCAAGUACUUUAAGUCCUACGACAACGGAGAUUCCACGCUGGACUCCUCUGAGCUGCUCAAGUUCAUCCAACACAAUGAGUCGGUGGCGACCGAGAUGCAGUCCUACGCCGACCAGGAGAGCAAUAAGUUGCUUAGGAGCCUGUGUGUCGACGCCCUCAUCGAGCUGUCUGACGAGAACGCAGACUGGAAGUUGAGCUUUAAUGAAUUCCUCAACUGCCUGAAGCCCGGAUUCAACCCUCCAGAGAAGAAGUGUGCCUUGGAGGAUGAGACUUAUGAGGACGGUGCAGAGACACAGGUGGAGUGCAACCGUUGUGUUUGUGCGUGCGGCAACUGGGUGUGCACUGCUAUGACUUGCACGGACAAGACAGCUGCUGUGGACGAGUCAACAGAUGGCGGUGCGGAGAUGACCGAGGAAGAGUGGAACCUGCGUGUGGCCGAGCUGAACAAACACCAGGAAACCGUGGAGAAAAUGAAGGCCAGCACAAAGGAGGCUUAAAUAGCGAUGCGAUCACAGAGCGAGGAUGCACACUACCACCACCCUUCCCUCCAUACUUGACUUACCUUUGCAGCCUGUGUGUUGUCAACGUCGGUAUCAUCAAACUGACUUUUACAUGUUUCACAACUAUUUUAAUUAUUAUUAUUACACAUUUUGUUGCAGUCGUAAAGUGUUUUAUGUUUGUUAGAUUCAGGGGGCUAUUACCGUAGGACACCCUCCUCUCAGUACUGUCAUAUUUGAUUGUAUUAACUACUCCUGUACACGUCUUACUACUUAUUUUUUGCAGUUGUUUUGGCGAUGGAGGCAAGGUCGACCAGCAAAUUAUUUUGUCUGCACGUAUGUAGGCUCAUACUUGACCAAUGCACUUGUUUGUUUUUUCUCCCUCUCUUGGCUCUCUUAGUCCAUCCCAAGGAACCAACCUUAUGAGACAUUUAGCAGCAAAAACAUGCGGUUGCAUGUACAUGUAUGUACUUUGUUUGCACCAUUUUUCCUCCUUGUGGGGCUCAGAUUUACUACAUGGGCAAAAGUAUUGCUACACCUGUCUUAAUACCUUCGUCCAUACGUCUGUUCAGGGACGAUGUCUUAAAUUUUUAAGACUGUGUACCCUGGUGAGACAUCUGAACACAGCGUGGGGGAGUCUAAAACCAAAGAUCUCGUGAAAAUGUUUGACUCUUGUACACAUAUCUCCAGGUAAGGCAGUAUUAUUACUCUGGACCCAGCAACAACACGAUACCUUAACUCUUUACAAAAAAGGACUAGCCUCAUAGAUGUGUUUUUUUGUUGAUGUUUGUGUGAGAGAGUGAUGGUGUGUGUUUUCUUUUUCGUAGUUCAUUGUUAAUUGACAAUAAAAAAAAAAAACAGUGCCUUAGACUUGCAAAAUUUCCUGCACAUUUUACCACAUGACUUAGCGGGGGAAGUGAGUGUUUUGCUGAUGUUUGCUAGUUGCUAAGUGGUUCAUGACUCUUCUUGAUAAAUGCCUUGUGGACUUCUUUACGGGCCACGACGUAAAGCAAGGAAUAUGUAUGUAAGCCAAUAAAUCUUUGUACACCAUUAA